AGAAAAAUCAAUAUGAAUAUCUUUGUUUUAAAAUUAAAAUAGUUUGUUAAAUUAAUAAAAUAAUUUAGUUAAAACAAUAUAUUUUUAUGCAUAGUUAAUAUAAAAAGGCAAACUUGAUAAUAUACAUUGAGAUAUUUUAAACAUAAAAUCCUUAAUUUCUUUCAGUAAAAAGCCUAAGGUCUUGUUUCUUACAUAUCUCUCUCUCUCUCUACAUAUUAUAUAUGACUAACCCCAAUAGUGCUUUCACUGAAUCUAAAGCUAUAAGCCAAGCUUCUUCAUCGUCAGUUACUAUUGUCUCAGCUCGCACGUGCGGUGACAGUAUCUCUAGCUCUGCCGCGUGUGAAAAAUCUUGUCCACUUACUACUAUCACUUCUGCUACUGUUUCCUUUGCGGCUGCUACUUCUACAAGUGGUAGUGAUAAUGAUACAUUAAUGGACACUGACGCCGGAUUGAUCUCUCGCCGGAAAAAUCAUCCGGUUUACCGGGGGAUCCGUUGCCGGAGCGGAAAAUGGGUCUCCGAGAUCCGAGAGCCUAAGAAGACAACACGUGUCUGGCUGGGGACUUAUUCGACGCCUGAGAUGGCUGCCGCUGCCUAUGACGUUGCGGCUUUAGCUCUUAAAGGCGGAGAGGCGGUCUUAAACUUCCCCGAGUCCAUCGGGAGUUACCCUCUUCCGGUUUCCUCUUCAGCAGCUCAUAUCCGAACCGCUGCGGCUAAGGCGGCUGCUACGGUUGGUGCUGCGGCUGCGGCUGCUGUCAAUGCGGCUAUGAAGGGAGGUGAAAAGAAGGAAGAGAAAGUUUGCGACGGGGCGGGAUCUUCAGCUGUGGAGUUUGUGGAUGAAGAAGAGCUAUUGAACAUGCCUGGUUUGCUAGAGGAUAUGGCCAAGGGGAUGAUGGUGGCUCCGCCGUGGAUGGGGUGUCCUCCAUCGGAUGAUUCUCCAGAGGAUUCCGACGGAGAGAGCUUGUGGAGUUAUUGAUUUGUGUUGAAAUCUGUUUUAUUUUGUGUUGAAUGUUUGUUUACUUCUUUGCCAAUCACUGUAUGUCUUGUUGAAUAAAUCGUAUGUUUCCCACAUUUAUGAUUCAGGAAGACAAAUUCCUCUCAACAAUUUUAUUUAGUCACAUUUGUGUGUUUGGAAUGUUCUUGAAUUAGGGCUCUGGGGAGUUCUUGAAUUUUUGGAUUAGGGUUUUUCUUAGUUUUUUUUUUGUAUCUUAGUUACUUAGUCUAUCUAGCCAGUUUCUCUUGUGGUUGUUUUUUUUAUAUGUGUUUGAUGUUAUGAACACUUUCAUGAAUAGUUUUCAAUUUGUUUAAAAGAAUUGAAACGAAUUUCAUCUAACAAAUCUCCUGACAGUAGUUGGACAAAUUAAGACAAUCUGGUAAAAUUGGGUUAGAUCUCGCAGUUAAGAUAUUGAGCUAGAAAUCUAGUUUGGAACACAGUUCUGAUGCAAGUAAAGCUUCAUCGUACCAGUGAUAAUUAAUUCUCAUAUAUGAAUAUAUUCUUAAUUUUAUUUUUGUUAAAAAAAAUUCCUUAUAUUGCUUUUCUUAUAAAUCUACGGGAUCCAUUGAUGGAUCAAUAUAAUGAAAAAGCAAUUUUUUUUUUUUGGAAAGCAUGACAAUAAUCUAGAGACACUUUUUGUCGGAAAUGUUUAGCAUUUAGUUACGCUUGGAGUGGUUAAUUUGGUUUUCCUUCAAUUCAGUAUAUAUGUUUGUGUCGUAAUUGUUACGUUGUCAUAUACUCCAUAUCUACUGUCUGUAAGGCGGCUUACUUAUUAUCAUAUCGAUUAGAAAAUAAUAUUUUAACCAAAUAUAGGUUAUAUUAGCAUUGUCACAUUUUUGCUGAUAGCCACUAUAUAUGAUCUCAAGAUAAGAAGUUGUAUCUUUUUUUUUUGAGAAAACAUAAUUUGUAUCUUUUUCGAACUUUAAUUGCUGACAUAAUUUGUAUCUUACUCGUUUGCAUUGUGUCAUUAGCUAAACUGAAAUAUGCUAGACUAGAGUGUAUGUAACUGUGUAUUAAUUGCUGACAAAACACAUAAUGUUCUGGGAAAGAAAAUAUUUUAAUUCUUGAAAGACAAAGAAUAUAUGUAUGCAUCAGUUGAAUCAUACUGAGUAGGGAUUUCCAAGAUGCAGUCACUCUCACACAGACACACACACACACACACACACACACAUACAUAAUAUAUAUAUAUAUAUAGCUUGAUAAAAGAAAAAACAAUAAGAAAAUGCGACAUUGUGUAAGAAGUCUUUAAAAAAAGAAGAAGUCUUGAAUGACAAACAAUACAUGUAUGCAUCAGAUGAAUCAUAAUGUAGUUUCGUGAUGUAAGAAAUUUAUUUAAUUCAACAUUUGACUCUACAUGUCAGAAGUCUCAACAUUUGACUCUGAUGGUGAACCACCGUACACAGUCAUUUUUAUUUGUUUCUUCAUCUCUAAUCCUUGGCAAAGCAACAUUGCAUGUGCUGUCAAGGAAGUAGAAAAUGUGGCAUUUUUCUUAAUCAUCUUUCAACUUUAUUUAUAUUGGUAAAAAGUUAAAUGUUUGUAUAAUUUUAAUGAACCUAGGGUUUUUAGAAAUGGUAAAAAGGUAGGGGACAGGAUUCACUUGGUAUGUUAAAGUGACCAAAUUUUUAUUGUUAUAUAAAAUCAUUAAGCAUUAAAAUAUAUCUUCUUUUCAUUUGGUUAAUUAUAUAGAAAAUCAAGUCGGCUUGUUUCUUCUGAUUUAACAUUUAUACUAUUUUUUUUCUCUCUGUUUUUUCCCCUUGUGUGAUCAUCAUUGAUACACGUCGUUGAGUCAUUAAUUAACAUUGUAAACAAUUCCCUUAUUAUUCUAUCUAAUGUUGGUCAAAAUAAUUUGAUUAAUUAGAAAUAUGUGAUAUUGAUGAAGGUGGACUGAUUAUGAAACUUUAACUAAUAGAUGAUUGAAGAUAUGUCUAUUAGUUAGUGAGUCUGAAAUCCAACCCGUUUUCUCAUUAGCUAAUACUUCUACUUUGGUUUCCGAGUUGGAAAAGCCGGUACAUCCGGUUUACAAAGUUCUACAGUCGGUCUUUACUGGUUACAUUCCUUCUCAUCUUUGAUGGCUAGACUGAUCCAAAUCCGGACUAAACAUUUGACAUGUUUAUACUGCCAAAAGGUUGAAGAAAAAUAUGCUACUAAUAAUUAAUAAAAAAUUGAUUAGAACAAUGAUGUAAUCGUGUUACCUGUUCAUUAAGUACUCUAUAUGCUACUUUACGAUAUUCAAAUCUUUAAAGUUACUAUUCAAAAUACUUUAGGCUACUGAUUUGGAUAUUAAAUUACUUUAUUCUGUUUGCGUAUGAAGGUUUUGGCUAGGGAUAUGUCUCCAUAUAGUAUGUGAAGCCGUCUAUAAAAAAUGAAUCAUCUUUGGUAUCCCUGGCAAGCAGAUCCAAAAAACAGUAAUCAAAGAUUUCAAAAUAAUCGGAGAACAACUUCAGCUCACAAUUUGACAAAAUUAAAAAAGAUGUUAACAUAUACGAUUUCACCUAAUCAGUUGUCUCUUGAUCCAAAAGAAACCAUACUAAUUUGAUAUUUUGAGUGUGUGAUUGGGAAAUAUAGAGUAAAUAAGAGGGAAAAAUGUGAAAAAGAAAGGAAAAAUAAAAGUGAGAGAGAGAGUAAACUAAAGUAAAUACAGUUACUCUUGUUUGAAUUGGAGUAAAUUUAUUAGUGUGUUUUACUCUCUUUUAACAAUAACUAGAGGUAAAAGAAGGAAAAAUGUUUUUAUCUACAUUGGAAAGAUUUCAGAGUAAAUAUGAGUAACUGAUAUUUUUCUUUCAUUAUUUACUCUAGAAGUAAUAUACAGUCGCACCCUUUAUACUUUAGAUCCUAAAUCCAAUUUCUGAAGAAAGAAAUAAAAACUAAGAAAAUGAUGUAUAUAUAUAUAUAUAUAAUAUUUAUAUAGUGUUUCAUAUUUUAGCGUAAUAAUUAUGUCAACUUUCUACCACCACAAUCUAUUUUCAGAGUUAUCUUAUUUUUGUUUUCUCUAAACUUUCACUUUAGUGAAAAGUUUCAGAUCCAAAGUUCCGAACCGGUAUCGAUCCAAAAAAUCGGGUUUUGGAUUGGAUCUGGAUAUGAUGAAUACUCGAUUGGGUAUGUUUUCAUUUAUGUUUUAGAUAACGGAUCGGAUUAGGUAUUAUCUGAGAUUCGAAUGACUACCCGACACAUCUGAUUUUUGAUUCAUAGACUCAUUAAAUAAAUAUAGGUUUUAGUUUGUUCAAUACUAAUUUUAUUUUCUUGUAAGUUUAUUCAAGUAUGCUUUUAUUUAAUUUUAUAGUUCUGAUAUUUAUAGGUCUUAUUCUCUUAUAAUUGAUUCGAAUAUUCAUAUAAAUCGGGCAAAAACACCUAUUUUGGAUAUGUUCGGAUAAAAACAGCUGAAUCCAAACCGGAACAAUUUUUCUACGGUUACCUCAGAUAUAUCCGAAAUUAUCCUGCUUCGACAAAUACCGAACCGAAUCCGAUCCGAGUUUUAUAAAUACCGAUCGAUACUAAUUUUUACAUAUCCAAAAUAUCCAAGAUCCAAGAUACCCGAUCUGGUUAUCCGAAUUCUCAUGCCUAGAAUAAAUAAAGAAACAAAUACAUGAAUCUGUAAAUAUUUUGCUGUCAAAAAAAAAAUAUCAACAUCUCAUCCGAUUUUUAUAUAUUCAGAGUGUAAAGGUUUCCAUUUAUACUUUAAAUCAAAUACGUUGUGUGUUUCAGUCGAAAAUUAAGUCACCUACCAUUACAAACUCUUAAUUACUCAUAAGAAACCAACAUAGCCUCUUUUACAAAAAACAACAACAUAACUUCAAAUAUUUUUCAGAAUAUUUAAUUACACUUUCAGAAGUAAGAAAACUGCUGAAUAGAAAUUAAGUCAUAUAUUACCAAUUGAGAAGCUAUGGUUUUAAGAACGUUCAAUUGCACUUGUGAAAGUAACAAAAAUGCUGCCAACAAAAAUGGAUAAUGUUUUGUAACGAUAGUCUGUAGUAAAGGAAACAAGUGUGCUAAUCGAACGCUUAACACAAAGUGUGCUAAUCAAACCCUUAAGACAGUGUGCUAAACACAACAAAAAAUAAUAUGACUGAAGGAAAGGAAAACAAAAAUGUAAAGUAACAGAAAGGAACGAGACACGACUAUCAUGGCAUUAUUGUUCAACAGAUUAAUAAAGAAAUCGAUAUAUUUAUGUAUUUGUGUUUUUUUGUUGGUCAGAUGUAUUUGUGUUUAUUAUUCAUCUUUUUCCUUCUUAAGAGAGGAGACAAGGGAGGUAUCUUUCUCGAUAUCACCGGGGACCAUCCACUAUAACUUUACCUGGAAUAGCGGUCAAAAUUUUAACUUUAUAUUUCUACAACUCGUAUGAGUUUUAUUUUUGGCUAUAGACAUUGAAAGUCUAUGCGGAAACUGGAACCUAAAAGAAAUUUUAUUCACUCGAGGUAUUUUACUGACAAUGCUUAUGAAUAAAAAUAGAAAACAACAAAAGGAAGAUAAAAUGAGGAGAGGUUUUUAUAUAAGAACAUUAGAGAAUCUUAUAAAACUCAUAGAAAUACUUCUCUUUAUAAAUAGUGUAAUUUUUAGUAAAACGUAUAUGUAUAUAUAUGUAUAUAUAUAUAUAUAUGUAUUAUCUAUUUAUAUCAAAAACUAAUGUUAUUUAUACUUGAGAUAUUUUAUAAAAGUUUAAGUAAUGGGUUUGAUGAGGUCACUAUUAUUUGAAAUUUUUGGUAAAAAUAUUUUUGGAACUAAUUGUUGUAGGGAGUGUGAACAUGAGAACAUCGAUGAAGUCGACAUAAAAAGGUGGCAACUUGUAGAGGACUUUUAUUUGUUUCCGUACUUCCUAGAUUUCCAAGAAGUGAUAGUAGGCUUAAAGUUUUUAUAAAAAAAGAUAGUAGGCUUAAAGUUGUUGUUCUUUUAUAUAGGAAAAACGAUUAUAUCAAUUCCGUAGAUAAUACAAUGAAUCUAGCAUCAAAGUUAAUUUUAUAAAUCAAACUGAUAUUCCACAAUAUGUGAUUUUCUAGAAUUGCCAAGAAAUUUUGAACAAGAGGAUUUGCUAAUUUGUCUGUCUUUAAUUCACGGGUUUGGGGCAUAAAAUAAUUAGCAGACCACUGCUAUAAAUCAUGGACUAUCAUCUAUUAUGAUGAAUGACGACAUGUGUAUGACAAAAACCUAAAUAAUGAAAUAAUCUUUUUUUUGAACAAUGUUAAAUUUUAUAUCAAUUUUUAAUUUUCGACAAAAUACAAAAAUAAUAGAGAAACAAAAAGACCAAAAUCUACAAACAAAGACUAAACUACAAAGAAAAAUAGGCGAAACCAACAAGCAAAUUAAAAAACCACAUAACAAAUUAAGAGGAUCAUGGCUGACGAAACACCAAUUCCAAGCAUGGAUUUCUGACAUUUGCAAAGUUUCUGCAGACUCGAAGUACGGGAGUCUUCAUUGUUGUUGCCACGAGCUCAUCCUUCUGAGGCAACCCUCGGACCUCGCAACCAGAAAGAGCCGAGGACUAUGCAAAAACAAAAUAGCUUUAGAAGAUGAAACUACACUGGGCGAUAUAGAAAUUUUUACGAGAAGUUAGAAAAGGCCCGUCUGGCCAGCAUCUUCGAAAUAGAAAAGUCUCGAGAAUCAUCUCCCACAUCCCACAGUUGUAACAAAGUUGCCAUAGUCAGAUUGCCAUCACUAUUCAAGACCUAAUCAUUAUGUUUUGUUGCAGAAGAAUAUAACUCAAUUGAAUAAUCACAUGUCUAGAACGUGUGAAGCAAAGCCCGAAUAAAAAAACACAAAACAAUAGAAACGAAGAGAAACCAAACACCAUCUCAGUCUUGAAGAGGACAUAACAUAAGAAAGAAAGAGAUAAACAGAUCGCCGAUGAACCAACGAAAACCACAAGAAUACACCAGUCAGAUCUGUCACCUCAACUAAGUUAAAAGCUUAAAGGCAUCUCCAACAAUGACACCAAACUUGAUGUAAUAUUUUAUUCCAAAUUUGAUGUUUUGGUGUUAUAAUCUUUUUGUCAUCUCCAACAAUGACAUCAAAUUUUACACCAAAUGUAAUAUUAUAUAUUAUUUGAUGUUUUCAGUUUUUAAAGUUUUAUAUUUUCAUUACUUGUAAUUGAUAAAUAAUUAUUUUAUCAUAUUUAUAUUAUUAUUUAUAUUUUAUUAUUUUUAAUUGAUAGAUAAUAUAAUAAUGAGAAAUACCUUAUGAUAGCACUAAAAACGUUUUGGUCACAAAUAUAGACUCUAAGGAUCAAAAUGAUCAAGAUGUUUCAUUAAAGAGGUAAAUAUACAUUUAUACCCCUGUGAUUAAUUAAUUCAAACCUUAUAGUUUAGAGUCAAGGGGUGGAAAUUUAGGAUUGGAGUUUAAAUUUUUAUAAAAUAAAAAAUAAAUAUUAAAAAUUUGAAAAGAAAAAUUUUAAAAAAUAGUUUCAAAGAGUAUUUUCGAAUUACAAAAAGAAAAUUUGAAAAAAAAAUAAAGAAAAUA